ACAGUCGUGUCUCAAAAAAAAAAAAAAAAAAAUUCCAACAAUCGUCCUUCUCCUUCUCCCAUUGUGAUCUAUUCUUCCAUACCCAAAACCCCUUCAAUCUCCUCCCCCUUUUCACGCGACCCUCUGUUCAUUUUUUCUCUAUGGAUUUCCUCUCCGACAACCAUCCCUUCUAUCUCAAAGUCGCCGGCGGCUAUCCUUUUUUCCUUGUCCUUGUCCUUCUCCUUCUCCUAUCAUGACCUUCCUUCUUCCAUGCCAAAACCCCAUCGGUUUCAACCAAUCUACCGAAACCAUAAUUUCAUAUCUUCCCGAGUCAUUUCUAUAGUCCAACAUCAUCCACACCGGCAAGUGGGCACCGGAAUUUGGGAGAAGAGAGCCAGAUCUAUCAAUUAGAGAUAGCGAUGCUGUUCACGCAAAGACGCAAUGAUUUGGCGAAAUCUCAAUCUCCAUCCAACUAAAACAGAUCUGCAGACCAGAUCUAUGUUAGUUACAGAUCACGAGUGGGUGAUAACAGGCUAAAUUGGGUGCAGAUUAAGGCCUAAAUGUAUUUCGUCGAUUUUGCUAAAAAGGUAAAGAUUGGAGAAGCCCGAAUGCAUUUCGCAGAUUCUGGUAAAAAAGGGUAAAGAUCAGAGAGGCCCAAAAGCAGCAGAUUCUAAAGGGCCGGAAAGGUGAGUUCCAGAAUGGGGUUUUUAGGGUUUCUUUGUCUUGGGUAUAAAUAGGGGUUGUAAAGGUUAGAAAUAGAAGGGGGCUUUUUUGAAAAUCUGGAAGGGGGAUUUCUGCUGAAGGGUAGCUGUGGUUUGGGAGGAGAUCGUCAAGCUUUUGAAGGAGUGACUGUUUUGGGAGUUGCGUUUCUGGGUUUAUCUUUGUAGGUAAUUUUUGAAACAGAGGGUUCUUUUUGGGAAGAUGGUGAAGGAAAUGGUGGGAGCUUGAUCCGGUGUGUGAGAUUCCUUCCAUCACAUCCAGAUCAUUUUUCCCUAUGUUUUUUUCUUUUUGUGAGAUUUCUCUUUUUUGGUUUUGAUGUUAAGUAUGUAUAUGUUUGCUGGAAAUGAAUGGAAAAUCGAGGAAUGAUUCAGUUUAU